UUUUCCGCCCGGACCAGCAGCUACUGCGAGGUGGCAAAAUGCAGAUCUUCGUGAAAACGUUGACCGGUAAAACCAUCACCCUCGAGGUGGAGCCCAGCGACACCAUCGAGAAUGUCAAGGCUAAGAUCCAGGACAAAGAAGGAAUCCCGCCUGAUCAGCAGCGUCUGAUCUUCGCUGGUAAACAGUUGGAGGAUGGACGCACACUGUCAGACUACAACAUCCAGAAAGAGUCCACUCUUCACCUGGUGCUGCGUCUGAGAGGAGGAAUCAUCGAGCCUUCUCUCCGUCAGUUAGCUCAGAAAUACAACUGUGAGAAGAUGAUCUGCCGCAAGUGUUAUGCUCGUCUGCAUCCUCGUGCCGUCAACUGCCGCAAGAAGAAGUGCGGACACACCAACAACCUGCGGCCCAAGAAGAAGCUGAAGUAGACGCUCGGCCGACUCUGCAUCUGAAACACUUUACUGUUGUUCUAAUAAAAUCUGGAUCAAACCAU